AGCCAUUGGCUCGAGCUGGUGACAUCCGAGAUGCGCUGCGUGCGCUUCCUGCGGCUCCCGCGCGCGGCCCAGGUGGUCCAGGUGGCCCGGGUGGCCCGAGUGGCCCGGGUGGCCCGAGUGGCCCGGGUGGCCCGGGCCGGCUGCGCGCCAAGUGGCGCUUUGGGCCGGAGAUGGAGCAGCUCGGCUUCCGGAUGCCUCGAGAAGUACAGGGAGCUGAAGACCAAGGGGGAGAUCAAAGAGGAUUCUAGGCAGGAGGUGUGCAUGAAGAUGCUGGACGAUCUAGCCCGGCAGGUCGAGGGAUACUCGCCGAAGAUGACCAGAGCUUCAAAGCAGGCUACCCCAAAGGCAUCUUCCACCGGGCUUUUCGGCCUCCUAGGGAGCAAACCCAGUGCCCAAAAGCCGGCAGAUGCCUCUUUGCGGCCGAUGCCAGGCCAGAUUGGUCUUUACCUGUGGGGUGGCACCGGAACUGGCAAGACCUUCAUGAUGAACAUGUUCUAUGACAAGGUCAAGAUUUCUAGCAAGAAGAGAGUUCAUUUUCAUGAAUGGAUGAUUGAUGUGCAUUCACGACUGCAUCGAAGACAAAAGGGCAGCAGUUCAAACACGGACAGCACAGCUGAUGAUCUGAUAGAGCAAGUUGCUGCAGACAUGAUGAAAGAUGCAUGGCUGCUGUGCUUCGAUGAGUUUCAGGUUACCCAUAUCAGCGAUGCGAUUAUCAUGAAGCGCAUCUUUUCUGUUCUUUUUGAGCUUGGUGCCGUGGUGGUGGCUACCUCCAACCGUCCACCCAAAGACUUGUACCUCAAUGGGCUGAACCGGCCCUUGUUUACGCCGUUCAUCCCCAUGCUCGAGGCCUUCUGCACUGUUCAUGAUAUCGGUGCAGAGGUGGACUAUAGAAUGUGCUCCAGCCGGGAUGACGAGGAUGACCGAGUGUACAUCACGCCCAACGGACUCGGCGAGAAGAAGUUGCUAGAAGCCAAAUUCGCCAAAAUUUGUCAUGGCCACGUUCGCUUUGGUAUGCAAGUGGAAACGCAAGGUCGCCGGAUUGUCGUCCCCCGAGCUGCUGAGAACUCAGCUGUGGCAUGGUUCAAGUUUUCAGACCUCUGUGACAAGCCGCUUGGAGCCGCAGACUACCUCGCGAUAGGCCAGGCCUUCCACACAAUCUUCCUUGCGGACAUACCGCGACUGACUAUGCAGGAGCGGGACCAAGUGAGGCGGUUCAUUACAUUGAUUGACACUUUGUACGAGUCCCACACCAAGUUGUUGUGCGUGGCCGAGCUGGAUCCCAUCUCUCUGUUCCACGUGACCCAGGAGGAGCGUAGUAGCUCGGUGGCGGAUGAGAUUUUUGCCUGGGACCGCACUGUGAGCCGCCUCAUGGAGAUGCAGUCUGCCGCGUAUUUGAGCGCCGCAGUAAGGAAGCUUAGUGCGGAUCAGUUCCUGGGGCAGUACAAGCUAAAGAGCUUGUCCGACCAGGACUUCAAGGAGUUGUGGCGCCGCUAUGAUCAGGAUGGCAACGGCGUCUUGGACGCGGAGGAGUUCCGCUUUCUGCUGGGGGACCUGAUGGAGCUCCAGGUGGGCCACCGGCACGUCUCGGAGGAGCUGUUCCAGGUUUGUCUGGAGGACCUUCAUAGUCACGGGAAGACUGUGACCUUCAAGGACUUCCAGAGGUAUAUCGGGGAUUUCGCUACAAUCGAGAGCGUCAUCCAAGAGCAUGUGCCAGUGGCCGCUGGGCGUGGUCUGAUGGCCUGAUGCGGCGGCCUUGGCAUGGGCCUGGCACGCGGCGUUUUUUGUAGUCGGAGCCCUGCUCAAAUCUUCCACACUGGGCUCGUUUCACGCCCCGGACGGCUUUGGCCUCCGGGGUGGGACCAAUUGACUGGCCAAAUCGGUCGAUCGAGCGGCGAAGGUGCGGGAUGGGAUGGGACG